AUGCUUCGCCUGCAGGCCCGAGUACUUUGCCUGCACAAGGCUGCUGCCUCUCCUCUUACAGUAUGUCAUGGCUACCGACUUCCUGACAGUCUGCAACAACUGAUGCGACAGCAGCAUUCUGGCCCAUACAGUUCAGCCAAAGAUAUUAAACACGAGAGAAAACCAAUAAAGAAGCUUCUUGUGGCAAAUAGAGGAGAAAUUGCAAUCCGUGUCUUUCGAGCAUGCACGGAGCUGAACAUUAAAACGGUGGCAAUCUAUUCUGAGCAAGACAUUAAUCAGGUGCAUCGACAAAAGGCAGAUGAAUCAUAUCUCAUAGGAAAGGGUCUUCCACCAGUGGCUGCUUACCUUAAUAUACCAGAGAUCAUAGGAAUUGCAAAGGAUAAUCAUGUUGAUGCUAUUCACCCUGGCUAUGGCUUCCUGUCAGAACGUGCAGACUUUGCUCAAGCUUGUGUUAAGGAAGAGAUUCGUUUUAUUGGUCCAUCACCUGAAGUUGUACAUAAAAUGGGAGACAAGGUUGAAGCACGCCGGGCUGCAAUUGAAUCAGGUGUACGUGUGGUACCUGGAACACCUGGGCCUAUUACCUCAGCAGCAGAUGCUGUAAAGUUCUGCCAAGAACAUGGGCUGCCUGUUAUCUUCAAAGCUGCAUUUGGUGGUGGUGGGCGUGGGAUGAGGGUAGUUAAACAUCUGGAGGAAGUGGAAGAAAAUUUCAACCGUGCCUUCUCAGAGGCACUUUCAGCCUUUGGCAAUGGAUCCCUCUUCUUGGAGAAAUUUAUUGAACGACCUCGUCACAUUGAGGUACAGAUUCUUGGUGAUUCUGCUGGUGAAGUGGUCCAUUUAUAUGAGAGAGACUGCUCUGUGCAACGCCGGCAUCAGAAAGUUGUGGAGAUCGCCCCAGCACCAAAACUUGAUCCAGACAUUCGUGACAAAAUGACAAGUGAUGCUGUGCGGCUAGCUAAGCAUGUGGGAUAUGAGAAUGCUGGAACGGUUGAGUUCUUGUUGGAUAAAAAUGGGGAGUACUAUUUCAUUGAGGUGAAUGCCCGUCUGCAGGUGGAACACACUGUUACAGAGCAAGUCACAGGCGUAGAUCUGGUUCAUGCCCAGAUUCAUAUUGCAGAAGGUAAAACCUUAAAAGACCUUGACCUGACACAGGAAAAUAUAAAACUAAAUGGCUUUGCAAUCCAGUGUCGUAUGACCACAGAGGAUCCUGCUCGCAACUUUCAGCCUGAUACUGGCCGCAUUGAGGUGUUCCGCAGUGGAGAAGGCAUGGGAAUUCGUUUGGACAGUGCUUCUGCAUUUGCAGGGGCUAUUAUCUCUCCCUACUAUGACUCUUUGCUGGUCAAGGUCAUAGCCCAUUCGCGAGACCACCCCACUGCCUGUUCCAAGAUGCUUCGUGCACUCAGAGAGUUCAGAAUAAGAGGAGUCAAGACAAAUAUUCCAUUCCUGCUGAAUGUAAUGCAGAACGAACAGUUUCUGACAGGAGUGGUCGAUACGUGUUUCAUUGAUGAGAAUCCACAGCUGUUCCUGUUUCAAGAGUCUCAGAACCGUGCCCAAAAACUGCUACAUUAUUUAGGACAGGUCAUGGUCAAUGGUCCAUCUACUCCUCUAGGGACAUCCAUACCUCCAUCAGACAUCACCCCUUCUGUUCCACCUGUUCCUACUAAUCAAGAGGGAAAGGUUCUCCCACAUCCUGCUGGCUGGAGAGAUGUUUUAAUUCAAGAAGGACCAGCAGGGUUUGCCAAGAAAUUACGGCAACACAAGGGUCUGCUGCUGAUGGACACCACCAUGCGAGAUGCCCAUCAGUCUCUUCUUGCUACAAGAGUUCGAAGUUACGACCUUCUACGCAUUGCUCCAUAUGUCUCACACUCUUUGUCUCCACUCUUCUGCCUUGAAAACUGGGGAGGUGCUACCUUUGAUGUAGCAUUACGAUUCUUGCAUGAAUGUCCUUGGGACAGAUUAAGACAGCUUCGCAAGCAAGUCCCUAACAUUCCUUUCCAGAUGUUGCUACGAGGUGCCAAUGCUGUUGGCUACACCAACUACCCAGACAAUGUUGUCUUCAAGUUUUGUGACCUUGCUGUGAAGAAUGGCAUGGACAUCUUCCGUAUUUUUGAUUCGCUCAACUAUGUUCCCAACAUCAUUGUAGGCAUGGAGGCUGUAGGAAAAGCAGGUGGUGUGGUUGAGGCUGCUAUAUCCUAUACUGGUGAUGUGUCAGAUCCCAGUAAAACAAAGUACAAUCUAGACUACUAUGUAGAUUUGACCUCACAGCUCAUCAAGGCAGGAACACAUAUACUAUGCAUCAAGGACAUGGCUGGACUGUUAAAACCAAAGGCAGCUAAGCUGCUUAUCAGUGCUAUACGGGAUAAGUACCCCGACAUCCCCAUACAUGUCCACACUCAUGAUACAGCUGGAGCUGGCGUGGCAGCCAUGCUGGCAGCUGCAGAAGCAGGGGCUGAUGUUGUGGAUGUAGCUGUGGACUCCAUGUCAGGGUUGACUUCCCAGCCAAGCAUGGGCGCUGUUGUUGCUUCCUUGGAGAGAACAGAACUUGACACAGGGCUAAAUCUGGACAACGUUUCGGCAUACUCAGCAUACUGGGAACAGGCUCGUAGUCUGUAUGGACCCUUUGAAUGCACUGUUACUAUGAAGAGUGGCAAUGCUGACAUCUACAAAAAUGAAAUUCCAGGUGGGCAGUACACUAACCUGCAGUUCCAAGCCUUUAGCCUGGGGUUGGCUGACCAAUUUGAGGAGGUGAAAAAGAUGUAUUCUGUGGCCAAUAAACUUCUGGGAGACCUGCCUAAGGUGACACCAUCAUCCAAGGUGGUUGGGGACUUGGCUCAGUUUAUGGUGCAAAACAAACUCACUGCUGAGCUUGUGGAAGAAAAAGCUGCUGAAUUAUCUUUUCCAAAGUCUGUAGUAGAGUACUUCCAAGGUCAUCUAGGUGAACCACCUGGUGGCUACCCUGAACCACUUCGCACAAAGGUUUUGAAGGGAGCACCCACUCUCUCUGGGCGACCAGGAGCUAGCUUGGAACCAAUUGACUUCGGUGCUUUAAAAGACGAAUUGUGUGAAAAACACAAAAUUCAAGUGUCAGAAGAAGACAUCAUAAGUGCUGCUCUUUACCCUAAGGUUCUUGAUGAAUUCUUAGAAUUCCGCAGCAAGUACGGACCAGUUGACUGCUUAGACACAAAAACGUUUCUUGUUGGACCUAAAGUGGCUGCAGAGACUGAGGUUAGCAUUGAGAAAGGUAAGACCUUAUCUAUCAAGACCCUGGCUGUGGGUGACUUGAACAAAAAUGGAAUGCGAGAGGUCUUCUUUGAGCUCAAUGGUCAACUUCGUUCGGUCAUGAUCAAAGAUACAGAGGCAUCAAAGGAGCUGCACACAUAUCCUAAAGCAGUGAAAGGUGUCAAAGGGUCAGUGGGUGCACCCAUGCCUGGAGAAGUGGUGGACAUCAAGGUCAAAGAAGGUGAUGUUGUUAAGAAGGGGCAACCAGUCUUGGUACUGUCUGCCAUGAAGAUGGAGAUGGUCGUUACAGCACCUGUGUCGGGUAAGGUUCGCCUCAUUGCUGUCAAUCGAGGCAUGAAAUUGGAGGGAGAUGACCUGUUGAUGGAAAUUGAGUAACAGAAAGGCGAUUGUUCAGACACAUACUCAUCAGUAGCAACAAAAACAAUUUUUUUUUCUCCAAAAUGAAGCUGAAGCAGAAAGAAGCUGAAGCAGAAAGAAGCACAGGUGCUUUGAGAUCAUUCUCACGGACAUGUAGACACAAAGUUUCUAUGACAACUGUACGAGGACUUGUCUUCAAAGCCCAGCUUGAUACAGAUACCCUGGAAUUGCAUUAAUGUGUUGAAUUAUUGAUAGAAUGGUGAAUUUUACCAUUUAUACAAGCUCACUCCAUCCUGUACAAAUUAUUCUCUGAAUAUCUUUAUUUCGAAAGAUUAGUACUUGACAUUUGACCAAAGGGAAGUAUAGUGCAUGAUUUGAUGAUAGGAAAGUUAUGUGCUUUCUAAUUUUGAGAAAAUAAUAGUGCAGGUGUUAUUUCUAAGGUGCUAAAUAUUCAAUCAUUUGUUUAUUAUGAGGAUGUAAGGGCGUGUGAAAUAAUGCGGAAUAGUUGAGUACUGUGAUUAUAUAACUACUACUGUCAAAUUUUAUUGAGUAACAUGAAAUUGUGUUACAGAACUGUUGUCUUCAUCUGCAUAAUUACUAUUAUAAGCCAUAUUCACUUGAAAAGUUUGCAAAAGAUUUUAAGGAUUUGUUGAAAUGUUCCAUUAAUGCCAUCAAAAUAUGAUGGUAGAAUAAAAGUAUUUUUGUCAGAUAGUGCAUGUGCAGUACAGGUCAGUGGUCAAAGUGGAAAUUUGGGGCAAGACUGUUAGCCAAGACAUGCAAGACAAAAGAAAAGAAGGAUUGUUGUGUUAUAAAUGGUCACAACUAUAAAAAAAGAAAGGCAGCUGAAGAUAAAAGUUAGUGUUUUCUGCUUUCCUGGUGGGUAAAUACCUAAAAGUUCUGAAGGAAAAGAUUAUUAAUACAAUAUCAAGAGAAGAAUUUGUGCCAGCAGUGUCUCAAGAGUAGAAAUGACCCAUGUUCAGUCAGCUUCAUCCUAACCUUUCAUCAUGGGUAUGAUGAACGUCAGUGAAAACAUGCUGUGUGGAGCAAAUCUGUGGUAAAAUGUAAACAGCAGCACUGCUGCAAGGCUUUGACAAAAAAAAGCAGCAGCAGAGAUUUAAUCAUAAAUAACAGUUGGUAGAGAGAGAGCACCAGCAACUGUCAAAGUGACUUUGUCCAUUCAGAACCUGUCAGUAUGUCAGUAAAGCUGAAAUGGUGCAGCUUGUCAGAGAUAUACAUACACAUGCCCCAGGCUUCCGAUUCGCACGCAGCACUAUGAAAACUGCUAAAUGCCAAAGGAAGGCCAAUAAAAAUGAAAUACCUUUAUUUGCUCAGGGUUUCUUGUUGCAGUAGUUGUUUGCUUGAGUUUUUGGUAUGGGGUAUAAUGAAGUGUUGCUUAUGUGAGUAGUUGCAUAAUAAAAAGCUAGUGACAUUGUUCUAAGCAUCUAAGGAUUACACAAAACAACAUGGCUGCAGUAACAGUUCAUGUGUAUUGAAGAGGAGAGAGAGGAAAAAUUUCAAUAUAACUAGGUGUAUUUGUUAAACAUUUUACAUUGUUACACGGAGCAUUAUAGAAAAAGGCAAGAUUGUGUGAUUUCUUUUAAAAUAAAAAGUAGAUUCAUGCAUGUACAGGUCUUGUUCUUAAUGAGAUUUUGUAUUCAUAGAGAACAUUUGCUGAAAAGAUUUCUGUGCAAGAUAUAAUGAAGCAUUGAACUUGCAUUAGUCAAGUGUAUGAUUUCACAAACAGUACCAUCAAGUUUGCUUUCACACCUGAUGCUUUUUUUUGUUUUGAGUGUGUUUAUUCAUAUCAGUAGAGAUGCAUUAAUCCAUAUGUAUAGGAGAACCAAAACUAUUUGUUGCUUCAGAACCAUUUGCGUUAAAAAAUAAAACCUUUAGAUCAACAAAGAUAUGUGCACAUAGAUUUUUUGGGGGUGUUGUGGUGGUGCAACAGUUAGCGCCUGUCACAUAGAUUUACUACCUAACCAAUGUCAGGUAGAAUAUUGUGGGAGAAAAACUUAUCUUUUCUUGUUUUAUACAAGCAGUUGGAUUAAAAAAAUAUAACUCUAGAGAUUGAGUUCCUUCUUGACAUGCUGAUAAGUUUUUUUUUUAAACUUUGGUGAUAAUCGGAUGUUUAUUAACAGUUUUUUUUUUUAUCUUAUCCUAAACUUAUAGUCUGUUAAUGGACUUGUAAAUAUUCAUGAAAACUUCCUUUUUUCAGCUGUAGGCCUUGGAGGCCGGAUUGUUGCUAUUUUUCUGUACAUAAAAGUGCCUUUAGGGUCCACUCAUUUGUGUGAAAUUUAUGGGCACUCUCAGUAUUCUGGAUAAUAGAGCAUAUAGAUUUUUAUAUGAUUUUUUUUUAAAAAAAGAAAGACACUCUUCAUAAUAUCAGUUUCGUUGCUCUAUCAUGAAUGCUAAAUUUUUUUUUUUUGUAGUUACACUUACACUCUUCCCUACCCUUCCACCAGAAACAAGCAUUGAAUAUUUAUUAACAUUUUAAAUUCUUCUUUCAACACAAAGACAGUAUAGAUUAAUUUCAUAGUAAAGUGUUUGUAUAGUGAAAUAGUAAUAGGUAGUGAUAGAAUGAAUUGCAAUUUGUAGCAAUGCAGUAAAUAAUACAUGAUAGAAAAUAAAGCAUUAAAUUCACUGCUGAUAUAGAGAUGAAGCUAGACCUGCAUUUAUGUAGAAUGAUUGACAUGGUGUGAUGCUACAGUUAAUAUUUAACAAUAGAACUGGUGAUCGUAAGCAGCCAAUGAUAUAACUUCUUGCUGAGUUGUGAUAAUCUAGUUUGCAUUAAGAAUUUUGCUCAAAUGCUUGAACUAUCAUGUUUAGAGUCAGAAACUCAUUAAACCGGUGCUGUGUGACAUUGCAUCUUAAUUGUUGAUCUUCUAAAUGGCAGAUGAACAUUUUUGAGAUUGUAUGUAUGCAUUGCAUUACAACUGAUAUUAUUCAUUGGUCAAUAAAAUUGCUAUAGUAGCAUAA